AUGGCGCCUACGAAGCCAGACUAUCUGGUCGACUCUUCUUCCGGGGCCCGCCCACUUGUGAACCGGUGGGUAGCUAGGCCCUGCGAGCUCAAGGUUCACGACCCCAGGCCGACGGUGUCAGGGCCCAAUUGCAGGUGGACCAAGGGCCCCGAGGAGAGGUCGUCUCUUCGCCACAAAUCGGAGGGACCGGCAUACGAGGUCUCCGAUCCCAGCCCGUCGUCAAAGGUUUCCCAGUCCGCCUGGUCCCCCUCCUUCGGUGGGGCGCCCAUCGCGAGGCAACUGUCGACGACGUCCAAUUGGUCCCUCUACGAGGCGGGCAUAAGAGACGCAACUCGAAGCCCAGGUCCGACGAGGUUGGUCGCCGGGACACGAGGCAUCACCACCUCGGGCUCGAGACUGGACAAGUCGGAUCUUGCGAGCGAAGAAGUGUCGCCGUGGCGGCGUCACCAACGGCGAUUUGGCGUCGACAACUCAAUUUGGCUGGAGGCCGGCAAACCGAUCACUUUGGCCGAGUACACUCGAAUCACGGCGCCCGGCCAACCCUUGAGCCCCUUAGCCGGGGCGGGUCCGAGGCCCGCACCGAUGAUGGGCCUAUCCGGCUCCACGUCUGUCGCCAGUCUUCUGCUCGUGACAGAACCACCGCCCUCCGAGUUUCAGGACCCCGGCAGCCUCAGUUGCCCCGCAAACGCCGUCGACUUGGGUGUCCGAGAACGGCGAGGCGAGAAGAAUGACCACUUUCUG